AUGGCUUCCAGCAUCUCAACCCUCGUUUACUCAUACGCCCAACAACUCGCACUCCAUUCCCUAAGUCGGAUCUCGGGUGCACAGCUCAAGGUUAUUCUCCAGUAUCAGGAUCCUCCAGAAGUGAUCCAAGUAGGAAUUAUUGAUGGCCCUGAGGAGCCCGAAUCGACAGUUACGCUCAUUGUCCGAAAUCCUAACCUGUGGAUGAGGAUUUGUUCGUGUUUUGACCUGGUCCAUCGUUUCAAACAGGGGUUUUCAGAGGCAUAUAUAUUCCAGGAAGUCGAUUGUGACGACCUGGGUCAAUUAUUCGAGAUCUAUAUCAAAAACAAAAGCCGUUUGGGCUCUGGAAAGCUUAUUUUUCAGCUCCUACCUCGUCUUGCAUGGCUUUUCCAACCUUCGAACAGCAUCCAGGAAGUCCGCCAAAAUAUCUCAUCGCACUAUGACGUCUCCAACAAACUCUUCGCUGCAUUCCUCUCCCCAGACAUGAAUUACUCCUGCGCCCACUGGGAAGGCGAUCCGCUUGAAUCACUGGAUUCAGCGCAGAACCGCAAAGUCAGAAAUCUUCUACGCAAAGCUCAGAUUUCAUCCUCACACCAUGUUCUAGAUAUUGGCUGCGGGUGGGGGGAUUUGGCUAUCAAAGCGGCUCAGACAACGGGCUGCCGAGUGACGGGAUUGACCCUCUCAGACAAGCAGAAGAGCCUCGCAGAUCAGAGGGUUAAAGAGGCUGGACUGGAGGACCGGGUGCGCAUACUCCUUUGCGAUUAUCGAGACAUUCCUGGACCAGAUAACAAUGGUUUAUCUUAUGACCGAGUGAUCUCGGUAGGAAUGUUUGAGCAUGUCGGCCCUGAGUACUUGGAUCAGUACUUUGAGAUCAUCUCUCGGGUUCUGCAUCCUACUCAUGGGUUGAUGGUUAUCGAUGGGAUCACCAUGACCAACAUGCUCCGCGAGACCAAAUCCAAUGUCCCGACCUUCAUCGGUCGCUACAUCUUCCCGGGGGGUUACCUACCAACCAUCCACAUGCUCCUCGAUUCCCUGCACCAAGGCUCUACCGGAAGCCUCGAGGUAACCUCCGUCCAGAAUAUCGGACCCCAUUACGGGAAGACAUUGUGGGCAUGGCGAAACAACUUUCUUCGCAAUUGGAAAACAAUCGAAUUGGACUAUCGUGCCGAACACCACGAUGCGUCGGAUUCAGAGGUAGAGAUGUUUCGUCGACAAUGGUUAUACUAUUUUAUUUACUGUGAGUCGGCGUUUCGUGAGAGGUUACUGGGGAAUUAUAUCAUUGCUGCGGCGAGGACACCAGAGCCGAUAAUGAAGUUUGAUGCUAGCCUUGGGCGGAUGCUUGAGAUCUAA